UAUUAUGACGUUUACUAUUGUCAGUUUCGAUUUUAUUAAAUAGUAAAUGUCCAAGUUAACACAAUAAGACAAGAAUAUCACUGGAAAAUGCUGCGAUCAUGUGCCAAAAUUUUCCCAAAAAUUUAUUUGCGGACAUUCCAGGCCAGGUUUAGCUGCUGUAGCAAAUCCAGUCAGAAAAAUAACUUAGCUGCGGUCCUGCACGGCAUUGGAGAUUUACGCUUGGAAAAUAGACCCAUGCCCAUCAUUAAAGACAAUCAGGUGCUCCUUCAAAUGGAAACAGUGGGCAUUUGUGGCUCAGACGUCCAUUACCUUGUGGAAGGCCGAAUUGGUCCUUUUGUGGUAAAAAACCCAAUGGUCAUUGGGCACGAGGCUUCCGGAACCGUCCUCGAAAUCGGAAAAAAAGUCAAAACUCUUAAACCAGGUGAUCGAGUGGCAAUCGAGCCGGGGGUUGGUUGUCGGGUUUGCACAUUUUGCAAAGACGGUAGAUAUCACCUGUGUCCCGACAUGGCAUUUUGUGCAACUCCUCCCAUCGAUGGAAACUUGUGCAGAUUUUUUGCCCACGAUGCAGAUUUUUGUUUCAAAUUACCCGAGCACUUGACUCUCGAUGAGGGUGCUUUAAUGGAACCCUUAUCUGUCGCUGUGCACUCUUGCAAGCGGGCAAAUGUUCGUUUAGGGGACGUGGUUCUAGUGGUGGGAGCUGGUCCCAUUGGACUCACUUCCCUGCUUGCAGCAAGAGCUUAUGGUGCCUCUGCUGUUCUUAUAACAGAUUUGGCAGAACAUCGCUUGAAUAAAGCGAGAGAACUUGGAGCUGAUUACGUCUUUAAAGUUGAGAAAAAUAUGCCAGAAGAAGAGCUUGUGAAAGAGAUUAAAUGCUUGUUGAGGGUGGACCCAAAUAUUACGAUAGAAUGUACAGGGGAGGAAUCUAGCAUUAGAGCUUCCCUCCAGGUUACAAAAACUGGAGGUGUUGUGGUUUUAGUCGGUUUGGGAAAAUUUGACCUAAAUCUACCAAUUUUUCCCUUAUUUCGGGAGGUUGAUGUUAGAGGGAUAUUUCGCUAUAAUAAUGACUAUCCGCAAGCUAUAGAAAUGGUGCAGAGUGGAAAAGCAAAUGUGAAGCCCCUAAUUACACAUCAUUUUGCAAUGGAAGACACGGUUAAAGCGUUCGAGACCGCAAGAACUGGGGCAGGGAAUCCAAUUAAAAUCCUGAUUCAUGCCAAUCCAGUUUGGAAGAUUUGUGAAUAAACAAAUACGUAUUUAUUU